AUGGACGAUAAUUACGGCACUGCUGCUCACGAUUGUGCACGAUAUUGUUGGAAACGUUCAUGGCCGGAUGACGCAUUGUUGCAGCCCGGAAUGGAAUUAAAAGCCAUGGGCACUGAGCGCAAUCCGACACAGCGGAAAACAUCAGUGUCAAAGCGACUUUUGCCAACAAACAGCCUCGGCACAGAACUUCUUCACCAUCCAAUGUCUGUCUUUCUCUUAUCAAGUGCUCCGUCGGAGCGGUGCCUUGAUCGUUUCAGCAUCCUCGAGGAUGAACAUGAAGGUGACGAUGGGCUUGUUCUGUGCAGGCCCCUCUUAGUGGGAAUGCUCAAGUAA